ACCUAGAUAAAAAUGAUGCUCCAAGCAUUCUUUUAGAUAAAGAUCCAAGCCUCUCGGGCUUUACUCUUUGUGUUAAUGAAGGUGACUAGCUAAAGAUCUCAUUUCAGAGGUGAGUUUUGAACCAAAUAAUCACAGACCAUUAAGAGCUUCAACCAGAAGCUGAAGAAGAGGUUCAGGCAUACAGUCACAGAAGAACCAUGGAUAAAAGCUACGUAAUGGCCAAGUAUGGACUGGAGUCCAAAGAAAUGCUAACAUCCAGAAAUAAAGACUGCUGGUAUUAUCUGAAAUACUUUUUCCUCUUCACUUCCCUCAUCCAGUUCCUCAUCAUCUUGGGACUGGUGCUCUUCAUGGUUUAUGGCAAUGCUCAUGCUUUCACAGAGGCCAGACUGAGUGAUGUAGAAAAACUCAACAGUAAACUAUUGGGGGAUCUCAAAACACAGGAGAGACACAUCCAACAGAUGACCCUUAACAUUUCCCGUCUCGAGAAGGAGAGGAAUUUUUUCUAUAAUAUGUUAGAAUUCAAAAAGAGAGAGGUGAACACCUUGAACUCUACCCUGGCUUUAAAGAACGCAAAAAUUAUUGAACUAACUACACUGAGUUCAAAGAUUCUACAAACACUUCCACCAAAGUGUGAAAACUGUAAAGAACGUAUUGACAGGCUGAACAAUUCCUGCAUUGUUGAAAAAUUAAUAGCUCAAAAUGAAAAAGAUCGUCUUAUGUCAGACCUAAGAAGUCAGAAGGAAGACUGCAACAAAACUGUAGGUUAUGUCCGUAUUAAAAUGAAUCAAGCUGAAACUGAAAAAGAAAAAUUCCUUCAGCAGUCCAAGGUGUUGACUAAUGAGAAAACUGAUCUAAUAGCUCAGAUGGACCUAUUCAAGAGUUCUUGCACAACUAUUGAAAAUAAGUUUAAGAUUGAACUUGAGAACCUGAAACAAAGCUUUGAAACUUCCAUCAGAUUACACUUACCAGAUUCGCUGGGCCUGAAUUAUCAACAGCAACAACUCGAGACCAUUCUACGGGUGUGUAGGCCCCUGCCUGACCAAAUCAGCAUUAGAAUAGACCAAGCUCUAACUCGUUUGAGGCAGGACAUCAUUGCCACCAUGCAAGAGAACAGCAACCUGAAAGUCAGCAAACAGCGGAGCAAUGAAGACCUUAAGAAAUGUGGCCAAGAGAAAGAAGAUCUUUCCAAGUUGAAGGCAGAUGAGUUGGACAAAGUGCAAAAGACCUCUGAAACCAAUUUAAUGACGGCAAACGAUGAGAAACGUAGGUUGAAGUUAGAGAAAGAUGAGGCAGAAAGAAACCUGAAAGACUCACAAGAUUCUCUGUCAAGAACCAGUCUGCAGUUGGUAUCAUGCAUGGAAACUGUUCAGAGUUGCCAAAAAAAUAUACCAAGUCCUGGAAUAAACAUGGGUAUUAAACCCAACCUUGAAGUUAAAAGACAGUGACCUAAAACUUAAAUGCUAUAUCUACGUGCUGAAUGUGACCCUCUACAAAGACCUUCACCCAAUUCAUACAUUAAUGACAAAAGACUCAAGAUUUGUGUUUACCCAUAUGGCAAAGCAUUACAUUCUUUAAUAAUGUAAACAGGCUGAAAACUUUGGAAUAAUGAUGUAUAUAUUUUGUUAAUGCACUGUAAGAAGUAGGUCCUGUAUGUCUAUUCUGCGUAAAGUAAAAUCACAGUCAAACGGGCAGGUAAUAAAUUCCCAUAAUGAUUCAGUUCUUCACUUAACCUAUUUUUUUUUUUCAAAGGCGCUAACUCAUGGAUAGGCAACCAUAAGCACUCCACUUGCGGCGGGCAUCUCCUAUAAUGCUGUUAAAGCCAUAGGCUUGCAAAGCAUCAGGGGAGAUGUAGUCCACAACAUCUGGAUUGCUAAAGGUUGCCUACUUCUACUCUAAGUAAUUGUAUACAUUCAAAUAUGGACAUGAACUAGUCUGACAUAUGUGUAUCUACUAUAUGUAUCAGUUUGAUUAAAUUAGAUCCACAAUAUCAUGGAUUAAUGAAAAAAUAUUUAUUUUUUUUACACAAAAAAAUUUGCGUUUAAUCUUUGAUAAGAUAAAACCAAUCACAGACCUGUAACUUCCUGACAAUGCACAUAUUAUUGAAUAACUCUGUUAGAUAUGUUUAUAUCAAUGAUCUGCACCAAGCUGUCGUGACACAGUGUGAAAAUGACACCAUGGUGUAUCGCCCAGAUUCUGUCAUUAUCAGAGAAGUCCCACCAUGCAUCAUUUGCCAAGAACAUGAGAACAAUGAGUGUCCCUGUGAUGACUAGUCCGACAGCUUAUUUCCCUAAUUAUAUUAUUAACUGUUUACUUAAUCUUUGUGGAUAUUUUGUGUUCCUCUGAUAAAUGGAGACGUUUGUUCAGGAAACCCCUGUUUUUUUUGCUUCUUGUGCCAUUUCUAUUUUCCUUAAGAGGCUAUAUAAACACACGCAUAUUCUUCCUUUUAUAAAUAUUUCUGUGCUGUGACGGAAGCUGAAAAUAAAUUUUAUGGUUCGCUGUAA